AUCAGUAUUCCAAUUUUAUAAAAAUCUACACUGACGCAUCCAAAACCGAAAGCAACGUGGGAAUCGCUAUCAUAUAUAAUGACGUAGAAGAAAUAACAUAUAAACUUUCAGUAGAAUGCUCCAUAUACACCGCUGAAGCAAUUGCUAUUCUUAAAGCCCUCGAAUAUUCACUUGAUAAACAAAACAAUAACUUUGUCAUCCUAAGCGACUCCCUAAGCUCUAUAAUAAGUAUUGCCAACACUCUCAAACCUAAUGACAUAUCAAAGAAGAUUCAGCUCGCUAUAUCUGCCCACCAAGCCAAAGGAAAUGUAGUAAAAAUAAUGUGGAUUCCAGGACACUCAUCAAUAGAAGGAAACGAAAAAGCUGACACGCUCGCGAAAAAAACAGCAGUAAAUACCCCCAACAGCAUUAUCGCAAACAUUUCUGCCCACGAUGCUAUACGCACAAUAAAACUCAUAUCAGCAAAAUCCUGGCAAAACCUCUGGUCCACACAAAGAACGAAACUCAAUGAAAUAAAGCGAUCAACCCUACAUUGGCCAAACAAUCACUCAAAUCGCAAAAUAGAAACCAGUAUUAACAGACUCCGAAUAGGUCACACCAAACUCACCCACGGGUACCUAAUGUCUCGUGAGGAACCCCCUAUAUGCCCAUCCUGUGGUGUAAAUUUAUCGAUUAAACACAUCAUGACCGAGUGCAACAUCUACCGCGAUGCAAAGGAACUCAACCAUCUUCCGGAAGACAUAUUUGAAAGCCUCGGACCUAACCUACCAGUCUCCAAUAUAAUAGCCUUCCUUCAACAGUCUGGUUUGCUCAAACUCAUCUAA